AUGUUCGCCCCAGAACCAGCUCUGACAACACCAGCACCCCCAGGGCCAGCACCUCCAGCUCCAGGGUCUCCAGCUCCAAAGCCUGCAGCACCACCAGCUCCAGCAGCUCCAGUACCUCCAGCUCCAGUGGCUCCAGCUCCAACUCCUGCAGCACCUCCAGCAGCUCCAGCUCCGGUAGCACCCCCAGCUCCACCAAUCCCUCCACCACCGCCGCCCCCUCCGCCGCCUCCACCGCCCCCACCACCGCCUCCACCUCUACCAACCCCACCGCUCCUGCCUCCCCUGCCCCUGCCGCUGCGGCGCCUCCCACUAGGGGCAGACGCAGCUCCUACCUCCUGA